GACACGAAAAGACAGAGAAACAACAGAAGAAAGAAAGACGGAACAGAACAGAGGAUUUUCCAAAGAUCCUCUUCUUCCUCUGUUCUUCUCAUUCUUCUCCUGGUCUUGAAGAUAUACAUGAAUCAACAUCCCAUUGUUAUGAAUGUUGAUUCACUCUCUUAUGUAUACAUAAGCUUUUACAGGUGACCUCUCUGAAAAGAUUUUUUUUUAAAAGAUUCCUCAAAAAGAAUUUGAUUUCUUUGAGCUAUUAUUAGCCGGUGAGUGUAGUAGAAACCCUCCAAAGCAAAAAAAAAGAUGGGUGGGUGCGUUUCUUCACAGAGAAAAAUCAGCAACAAGCUUCAUCAGAAGAAGCAUAAACAUGGUGGCAGACCUGGCAAAAGCCGGUCCAAAAUCUCGACUUCAAUGCCUGAUGUUCCCAUGAAACGCAUGAGCAAUGCGAGCGUCAGGGAUUUUGUUCAUCUUGAUUUUGAAAAAGGUGCAGCCAAGAUGAUGUGUAAGAGAGCUGAGAUGACAAAUGCUAAUUUCCAUUUAACUCAGCUUCAAUGGAACUGCCAAUUUGAUGGAAACCGAGUCUCACAUGAGGAAGCUUGGUAUGAUUCCUUUAGUUACAUUGACUCUGAGUCUGAUGAUGGAUCAAACAGUAGUGUUUUUGAAGAUGCAAACCCUUCUGCGAUGGGACAAGUGAUUCAGUAUGAAGAGUUCUACGAGAGUUACCUCAAAAUAGAUGGGAACAAAGCUGAGACAUAUUCAAGCAAGAAUGAAGUCAGCAUAAAGAGAAACCAAAUUGCUGAUGAAUCUCACCAAGAAACCAUCAAGACUACCACUUGUGAAGAACAUCAAGAUCACAAUAAGAGAUCAUCAAAAGUUGUUAUGGUUUCGGUUCGAAGAACAUCUAUUGAUAGAAAAUCAACAUCAUCUGAAUUAUACCGACCAAAAGCUGGUUCUGUGAUUCAACGUUCUUUGGGAGAGAAGCUGACCAACCAAGGAAGCUGGUUAGAACUUUCUCCAUCGAGUUUCAAGCUCCGUGGAUUGAACUUCUUCAGAGAUAAACAAAAGAGUCCAGCACCAAACUGUAGUCCUUACACUCCUAUUGGAGUCGAUCUUUUCGCGUGUCCUAAGAAGAUAAACCACAUUGCUCAGCACAUUGAGCUCCCUAAUUUGAAACCGGUGUCAUCACAAGAGUGUUAUGUCCCCAGUCUCUUGAUUGUGAACAUCCAGCUUCCAAUGUAUCAAACAUCUAUGUUUGGUGACUAUGAUGGUGAAGGACUUAGCUUAGUCUUAUACUUCAAACUGAAUGAGAAUUAUCACAAAGAGAUCUCACCUCACUUUCAAGAAACCAUCAAGAGAUUUAUGGAUGAUGAGAUGGAGAAAGUCAAAGGAUUCACAAGAGAAUCAACAGUGCCAUUCAGAGAGAGGUUGAAGAUCAUGGCCGGUUUGGUGAAUCCUGAGGAUCUUCAGCUAAGUUCUACCGAGAGAAAACUUAUCACAGCUUACAAUGAUAGACCUGUUCUUUCUCGUCCCCAGCAUGAUUUCUUUAAGGGACCAAACUACUUUGAGAUCGAUUUGGAUAUACACAGGUUCAGUUACAUAUCGAGGAAAGGACUCGAAUCUUUCAGGGAUAGGAUCAAGAAUGGGGUUCUUGAUCUUGGUUUAACUAUUCAGGCUCAAUCACCAGAGGAACUUCCAGAGCAAGUACUGUGUUGUGUCAGGCUGAACAAGAUUGAUUUCGUGAAUCACGGACAGAUCCCAACGCUUUUAACUAACAAACAAUGAUGAGUUUCCACAUCUAAAGAGACAAAAGCAAAACAAAGAACCUUUCACAUAUUUGUAUUAAAAAGACAUUUAAGUACAAAUCAGUGUCUUUUUUUUUUUGGAAACCAUAGAAACAAGAUUUGCUCUGAUAUAUUUAAUCUCAUGAAAAAUAUUCAUUUGUACAGACGUCACAAGUUCUUACUCCAUUAUUCAAAACCCAUGAAAAUAACAAUGAGAUUGCUUUGUAAAUUUCAUUCAAGCAAUGACUAUGAGAGACAAACCAAAGCAAGUAGAUCAAUAAUGUAAAUAUAAUAAACAAAAGAAAAACACACAACAGUUCAGUCGUUACAA